GUGCAGUUCAGUUCUGUUCUGUUGACACUUGGUCUUGAUUGCUGAUUAAAAUUGUCGUGGUCCGACUGACGUAUUCGUACUCGUACUCGUAGAUCGUAGUCGUGAAGUGUCGAAUGUGAACGCGUAGCGUGUAAAUCGAACUAAAGUUUAACAAGUGAAUCGUAAUAAUAUUCGCAUAUUUUCGAUUGUUAUUGUGCAUUUUAAUAAAAACAAACAAACUCUAUUAAAACCAAGUGUUUUUGUGAAAGUUAAGUGAACAUUAUAGCACAUUACAGAGUUUAAUUGCUAAAAGACUGCAAGAUAACAAGUUUUUGUGUCGAUUUGAGUGGUUUCAAAUUGACUGACGUCACUAGAAACGACCAAUCAGUAGGCGCCGAAGAUUAUGUAGUAAAUGCGUGUUUGUUUAUAAUUUUAUAAACAACUGUUGGUGGAAUCAGAUGUUGAAUGGGGACCACGUGAGCUGCAAUUAUGCUUUUAAAAUGUACCGCAGAUGGAAGAAGGAUCAAAGUCAACGGGGCACCGAUCAACCAAGGCAAUGUGGCGAGAGGCAUGAAAAUGACCAUGUCAACGUCCGCCACAAUGAGCGCACGGGUACACAGGAAGGUGAUGCGCGCGCCGCAUAAGCGUGCGCACCCGGGGAAACUCCUCCACGCCGGCAAGAUGGUGCACCCCGGGAAACAUGCGCACCUGGGCAAGUUCGGCAAGCUGGGCUACGCGCACGCGCACGCACAUGCCGUCCGGCCGCCGGACGCCUGCGAGAACAGCAACGACAGCGGCCUCGGCCCCGACCCCGUCUCCAGAUUGUCCGACGCGCCGGACGACUGGGAGCCGCCGGGCAGCAAGCGGCGCCGCGACGACGGCGUUAAGGUAGAGUGCGACGACGCGAUUGACGCGUACUCGUACGCGACAGUCGCACCGCCCGCGCCGCUCGCCCCGCCACCGCCGCCCGCCGGCGACGCUGCAUCCGCCCUACCCCUUCCCGCAAUAAGAGCGGGCUGCAGCAUAUCUAGUCCAAGCAUAGCCGAGUCACAGGGCAAGCGUAUCCAGGAGCCCGCGUACAGAUCGUGCGGCAAAUUCGGCAACGGCGGCAAGUUGGCCGGCAAGUUCGCCGCGGGCGGCAAGUUGGGCGGCAAGCUGGGCGGCAAGUACGGCGGCAAGCUGGCGCAGGCGCUGGCGAGGCGGCGCGCGCUGGCGGCCAUGUCGCAUUCGGGCCCACCGGGGCUGGCGGCGCCGCUGUCGUGCAAGUCGCGCGACGGCGCUGUCGAGCUGCAGAUCCUGUGCCAGCCUGAGACGCAGCACAGAGCCAGAUAUCAAACAGAAGGGAGCCGGGGUGCAGUGAAAGACAACUCUGGGAAUGGGUUCCCUGUCGUCAAACUAGUUGGUUACGACAAACCAGCCGUACUACAAGUGUUCAUCGGCACGGACACGGGGCGCGUGGCUCCGCACAUGUUCUACCAGGCGUGCCGCGUGUCGGGCAAGAACUCCACGCCGUGCAAGGAGCGCAAGGACGACGGCACCGUCGUCAUCGAGAUCGACCUGGAGCCCGGCAAGAACUGGCAGGUCACCUGCGACUGUGUGGGAAUACUCAAGGAGCGCAACGUAGACGUGGAGCACCGGUUCGGCGAGACGCUGGGCGGCGCGGCGCACGCGGCGCGCGGCAAAAAGAAGUCCACCCGCUGUCGCAUGGUGUUCCGCACGGAGAUACUGGACGCGGCCGGACAACCGGAAACGCUGCAGGUCUGCUCCACGCAGAUCAUCUGCACUCAACCGCCCGGCGUGCCCGAGGUGUGCCGCAAGUCGCUGGUGUCGUGUCCGGCCAGCGGCGGCCUGGAGCUGUACCUGUUGGGCAAGAACUUCCUCAAGGAGACGCGCGUGGUGUUCCGCCUGCAGCAGGACGGCGCCAAGUGGGAGGAGGAGGUCGUGCCCGACAAGGAGUUCUUACAACAAACGCACCUGGUGUGCUGCGUGCCGCCGUACCAGCGCGCGGACAUCGCGGAGACGGUGUGCGUGCAGCUGUUCGUGCGCUCGGGCGGCAAGGCGUCCGAGCCGCACGCCUUCUACUACACGCCCGCGCCGCCCGCGCCCGCGCCGCUGCACUGCACGCCGCACCCGGCGCACGCGCACGCGCCGCACGCAGGUGAGGAGCGGCCACUGCCCAUGUGCUGGGGCGUGGGCGGCAUGGGCGCGCUCAUGCCGCCGCCGCAGACGCCCACAAGGCGCUCCUCUAUCAUUGUUCCUGACCCUCACUCGCCGCUUGGACUCAAAAGUGAGGUCGCGGACGAGUCGAGCCAGCACUCGCUGCUGGAGGGCGCGGAUGGCGAGGACAAGCCGCUGCCGGACGAGCUGCGCAUCAUGGACCUGCGCCUCAAGUCGGAGGUCAUCUCCCGCGACGCGCAGCAGGUGGCGCUGGGCUACGACAUGAAGCUGUCACCGGGCGCGCCCGCGCCGCCCGAGCAGCCUUCGUCGCUCGUCUCCUUCACGCAGACGCUGCAAGCCAUCCAGAACCAGGUGCAGACCGACAAGAUGGUGGAGUCCGUCACCGCCGCCAUCUUCAACACCGACCCCGCCACGCAGAUGUACGUGGACCAGCCCAUCCUCACGCCUAUGGACUCCAUGCGCCAGCUCAUGUCGAGCAAGGCCGCCAUGGACACCGACAUGAAGGCGCUGGGGCCCGAGCUGAUGAUGGCGGACGGGCUGCGCGCGCCCGAGCCCGCGCUGCUGGGCUACGAGGCGGGCGCGGGCGGGCGCGACGACGGCUUCAACCCCUUCGGCGCCAUGACCAAGAUGGAGGCGUCGCACAUCAAGCAGCGGCUGGCGCGGCAGAGCGCGCACAUGGAGGCGCUGGUGGAGGACGCCAUGAAGGCCACGGCCGCCAUGCUGCCCGCCGACGCCGCCAAACUGGACGAGCUGGUCAACUCGCGCGUGGACGACCACCUGUCGGGCGCGUCGGGCUCGCCGGCCGCCGCGCCGCUGCCUGACAUGCUGCUGAGCCCGACGGCGACGGGCCCGUGCCUGGUGAUGCCGCCGGCCGGCGCGCCGGACGAGCUCAUGAUGAUGCCCGACAUGCCGUCGUCCGUCAAGACGCCGCCGGCCGCCGUCAAGUCCAUGAUCCUGAACGCGGCGGCCGAGAUCCUGACGUCGGACUCGACCAUGAACGCACUGGUCACGUCGGCCAUCAACACGGCCAACAUCCUCAGCACCGAGAGCGACGCGUCGCCGCCCGCCGAGCCGGCCGCCGAGGCGCCGCUGUCCGCCAUGUCGCAGGCCGUGUCGCAGGCCGUCACGCAAGCCGUGUCGCAGGCCGUGUCGCACGCCGUGUCGCAGGCCGUGUCGCAGGAGAUGACUGCGCCCGUGCAGGGGCUCACGGCUAUGAGCGACCAGGACCUGCUCUCCUACAUCAACCCCAGCACCUUCGACCAGGUGUGAGGGGCGGAGUACUGAUGCAUUUCUAGCGAGUACCGGGCUCAAAGCAGUUUUCUGUGUAACUAAUAGAUGUCACUAGCGUAGUGUAGAGGAGACACGGGAGCUGGGGCGGGCCGUGGAUCAAAAGCUAAACAUAUCUUACAGAUCGCUUAUGAAAUAAACUGUAAUUUUGCUAUUAUUAUAAUAGCAACAUUAAACAUUGCAAUUAUAAGUAGGUACGCUCGAACGUAUUUUAACGACUCAGAGCAACCUCCGCCCCGGCUUCCAUGUGACUAGUUCUUAAGUCAAUAUAAUCUCUAUGUGUGAGCGCAUGUGUUAGUAUUCAUGUUGCGGUGCCCACACACGGGCGGCGAAGCCGUUGUAAGUGGUAGAGACAUGGACUAGCUUUGGAUAGACCCAAAUCUCUAAACUGAUACAAUGAAAUUUAUACCUACACACUUGAAAACUUAAUUGAACACAUUAUUUUUUUCUCGAAGUCGGCUAAAAAGCAGUAGUAUUAUCUUUUAACAUUAGGAUAAGUGGGUUAUUAGGUAAGUAGUAUCCUCUGACGAAUUCACUUUAGAGAUUUGUUCAAUGUCAAAGUGUUAAGCUUAUUACCGCGUUCACCUUGCGUUCGAUGGGUAAAUCCAAAUUGUCGGUCUUAAUCCUACUAAUUGCUAGCAAUUGCACGUGGACGCACUAAACGCAAUGUGGACGUGUUAGUACAAGCACUGAGUACGAGUAGUUAGGAGAAUAUUAUUACUCGUACCUAUAUGUUUAAAAGUUCUUAGUCUAAGAAACAACCUCGAAAAUUUUAUCAUUCGCCGGGCACCCGUAGCAUUCCGUGGGGAUGACUGGGUCAAUUAAUACAUAUGACAGUAUUACAGGGCAAAUGAUUAAAGGAAUUUAUACGGCGUACGCUGCAAACCACCAACGGAUAUAUUCGAAUACUCUAUACAUAGCCCUCGACACAAAACCUGCUUUAGAAACUGCCACUACAUAGCAUAGCAUUGUUGUUCUAGUAACAGUUUGUAUUUCAUUAAGGUGAAAAAAUAUAUAAACAAAACAUUAUUAAUUUAUUAUCACUGCUAAUUUUGGAAAGUUUCAAGAGUUUUUUUACUACAUAUUAAUUUUCUUGUCCAACUUUCUACCUACCAUGGUUAUUAAUUUACUAAAACAAGCGAAUAACCAUGACUGAUCACUGAGUAAACUCGCUUGUACUACAAGACAUACAACGCUAUUACUUCAAUGUGCCGCCAAAGAACCUGAGAUAUGGUUAAGCUUAAUUUCACCACCCAUUUCAAAAUCCCUUUACACCGAAAUAAAUUGAUGAAAGCAAUGCACGACAAAAGUGUAUAUGAAAACGAAAGUGUAAAUGAAAAAAUAUACGAUAUUUUAAUGAUUUUCUUAAAAUUUAAAGUUUUGUGUCGUGGUCUCUCGGACUAAUAUACCUAAGAACAUUUUACAUAAUUGCAUUUCUUGUUAAUAAUUUAAUGUUACUUACGAGACCGUUGCUUGUAAAUAGUAAAUGAUGACAUUUACUAUUUUGUUUUAUAUAUAUAGUUUUAAUUCUUUACUUUUACUGCUUACUAGAGAGGUCCAUUGGUGCUUUGUAUAAACGUAGUAGAGUCCAAAAAAAGAUUAUUGUAUGUAUUUUUGUAUGUUUUAAACUUUAAAACUGUAAAUGUUGAGAUGUGAAUGAUUGUUUUCGGUUUAAUUUUCGAAUUAUCAUGUAAAUAGUGCAUAACUUUGUAUAUAAGUUAUUAUGUUAAGGUGAUGUAUGGCGGCCAUCUUGAAAAUCCUUUCCAUACUAUUCUUACUUUUAUUUUUACAAGGUAACUUAUAUUUUAUAACGUAAAUACGAACAUGAAAAUCGACAAUGUUUUAUUAAUUUGCGUUGUAUAAUACCUACAUAAUAAACUGCCACUAAAUUAUAGUAUACAAAUGUAAAGUGAUUUUUAAGAUCUUCGUAGCAUCGCCAAUGUAUUAAAUGGUUAUGGUGACAUGCGCCUGUUGUCCACGCAUAUCGCGUCAUUAAAUUAUAAUUAAUUAAUUAUCAAUUAAUUAAAAUUAUAUCCUUUUUGUAAUUGUCUUUAAAUUAAACUCUAAUUAAUUAAUUAAAUUUGAAAAAAAAUGUUUAAUUAAUUCAAAUUUAAUAUAGUAUAAAAUAAAAAAUGUAGUUGUAAUAAGUGUGUUUGUGCAGACAACAGGCUAUAUGAAUGUUAGUCCUAGUAUCCACUGAAUAAUAGAUUUUAUAUCAUCUGAAUGACUUUAUGUAGCGAAAAAAAUAUUAUAAUAACAAUGGACAUAGACAAUAGAAACCUAAGUUGAAUUUCUUUUUUCAACCGAAGUAUUUAAAGAUAAACAAGUUUAACAAAAGUAUUUUAAUAAAAUGGGCAAGACAUAUAGAAGCAUGCAUGCACAAAGUCGUGAUCGAUGUUAUAGAAUACUUACAGUGUACAAGUAUAUACAUAAUAUAACAGUGGGUAGUAAGACUAAAGUUAUGAUUUUAACAUUAGAUAAUGUUUAUUCGUGAGACCAAGGCGACAUUACAUGGCGGUACAUUUUUUGAUAAAUUUAUAGAUAUAUAUAAAUAAUAUAUAGCAUCACAAAUUAGACAAUCCAGAUUCAGAACUUAAUUUAUUAAAUUCAGAAAUUAAUCUAGAAAUUAAACAAAUUUUAUUUUGACUUUUUGUCAAAUAUGUAGUUAAUUGAUAAAAAUUCAAAAUAAAAAAAAUACUUGAAGUUAAUUUCUCUUUUAAUUAUUCAUGCAAAAAUAUUAUCUGAAUUGUAAUUGAAAAUGUUGCAUACUAUCAGUUCACCUGAAAUUACCUAAAACAAUAAAAAAACUGAAUUCAGUAAGCUGAACACACGCACACAAACAUUAAUUUAUAACGCUAUGUAAUGUACCCUCAGCCUAAGGACUACAGCACUGAUGUAAUAGAGCAAAGAUUAUAUAUUAUUAUUAAUUAUAAGUAAUUAGCUAUUAAUAAACUAGUUUAAAUAUUAAGAUGUUAAUUCUUUUUUUAUUUAAAUACAAUCGAAUGCUACAUAUUUAGUGUGCCAUUUACUGUGUGUAACUUUAGUGUUUAACUAUAUAAGCGUAGCCUCCAAUUCGAUGUUAUCAAAUAUCAUAAUAUUUAUAAUUAAUUGGAUCAGUUCUGCCUGAUGCAAACACCUUUUCUAUAAAAUAGUAUGAAGAUCCGUCAUAAAAGUAUUUAAAAAUGCUUAAUAUAUUUGAAAUUAUAUUAUCACCAACAACAAAUUUAAAAUAAAUACAAUUUAAAAACUAAAUUUGGAAAUCUCUGGAAAAAUAUUUUUUUAAAGUUUCCUUUACAUGCAAAUCGUACUUACAAUCUAAUACUUACUCCUUUAUGUUAUCACGCAUCUUUAACUAUUACAAUCACAAUACCUAAGAAAGAUUUAAUGACGAAAUAUUUAAAAAUAUAAAUAUUUUAUUUUAUGACGAACCUUUAGCUAUUACUAAGUAAGCUCAAACCGACGACAUGAGCUUUCUUGUACUUCAGAUUUCAAAGUUUGGUAAGAAAAGAAACGAUAUCCAAAUAAAAAAUUCUGAUGUAUUAGGUAUUAUAUUAUAGGUUACAAUUUCUUUAAAUUCUAUUAUUUAGUACCUAUUCGGUUUUAUAAUAUCAACAGAAUCAAACAAACUAAACUAAGCACGAAACUCAUGUCAAUGUAAUUGAGACACUUUUUAAGACUUAUUUUUUUUAAAUCAUCCCUUCCAUUUUGUACUAUACUGGGACCAUUCAAACGAUAUAACACGGUAUACAUACAAUAUAUACAAAUAUACAGUUAUAAAUUAUAUACAAACGUAUAAAAUACAACAUUUACAACAGAUUUAAGGAAAAAAUACUUUAUAUACAAUUUUCAUACAGUUUUCCUAUACAACAAAUUUACCUACAAACAUAAGUCCAAUAGAUAAGUGGCAACCGUUGAAUCUCUUCAAUCGGGUCUAUUCCAUAUACAAAUUACACAAAUUAAUAUUUUAUAUCUAAAUAUAUACAUUAUUUAUAAAUCAAUUAGGUAUGAAUGAAUUUUUAUAUUUAUACGUCAAUUCACUGUUAAAAAUUAAAGUUUUAAAACUCAAUAAUAUUAAUUAUUAUUAUUCAUAGGCUAUGCUUUCUACUCAAAAUAUUUAUUACUUGUUGUUUCGUUCCAGGUUGACUUGUUCAAAUAAAAUUUAAAUAUAAUUGAUUACUAUUACCUAACAUAUGUUAUGUAAAGUCAAAGAAUAUCUGGAACGAAACGACAAAUAAUAAAUAUUUUGAAUUAUAUACCUAUGAAUAAUACUAUAUAUUUGAGUGAAAAAUACCAAAUAUAUUGUUGUUCAAAAUUCAAAUAUUGAAAUCUUUUUUCAACAACCUUCCAAAAAACUGUUACUAUUUUAAUACAUAAUAUUUAGAUCUACUUUAUAGUGUAAAGUCAAUAUAAAACUCAUUCAAGAUUUUGACAACAUUGAUUAAAGUAUUCGAAACAUUGAUUCGAUUCGGUCGACGGGAGGGGAAGGACUGUGCGGGUAUGAAGUCGUGCGCGCGGGGCAGACCGCAGAGGAAAGGACUGCUUGGGUAUGAAGCGGCGCGCGGGGCAUCGCUACCUCCCUUCCGUUUCCCGCGAACCAUCGGGAAUGUUACAAACGAAUUUGCCAAGCUAUAGGUUUGAUUAUUUGGCAUGUUUUGUUAAAAGAAAGAUUCGCCUUACUUUUAGUACUUACUAAGUACCUUGAGAAAUUUUAACUUUCAAUAUUUCGUUUUGCACAAAUUAUAAUAAGUAAUAUCCAUUUAAAUAUAAAAAAGUUGCGAAAAACAACGAAUAAAUACGUGUAUUGUAUUGUUAAUAGUUUAUUAAAUAUGAUACCUAGAUAGUUGUUGGAAUUGAAUCUAUUGAGUUUUUUUUAUUAAAUAUUGCAUCGUAUUUUAUGAUAAUGUUUUUUUUGUUAUAUAAUAUGUAUAGAACGUCCAAAUUCCACGAGGCCAAAGCGAGCCGAUUUUAUAUAAAAUAUAUGUAUUUAAAGCCAAAAUUAGAACAUCACACACUUACACAAUAUAUACAAAAAUCGUAACAUAACUUGAGACAGCCCCGUAAUAUACUUUUAAUAUUAUAAUUUAUGACGUCACACUUCAGUUUAGUUUAAAAAAUAAUUCAGUUGACGUCCCGAGAUGACUUAUUACGAAUCGCUUUGUAUUGUCUGUGAAUGAACUGCCUCGUUGCUAGUUGGUCCAAUGGUUAGCCUAUCUGUCUUCGGAUCUAAAUGACCUGAGUUUGACUUCUGGGUCGGGCUAUGAAAUACUAAACUUUUUUUCAAAAGUUCAAUUAAAUUCAAGUCAGAAUUUUCAGUGCAGAUUCUCAGCUGCUGUUAUCCAGUUGGUGGUUACGGCUCCGUGCCUCAGAGAGCACGUGAAGCCUUAUUUAUCAUUAACAUCUUAUCUUGAUGAUCAUUAAAAUGAGCAAAAAUCACCUUCCUGGGCCAGCAAAUACAAAAAUCAGUGCUGCAUCUUUUUUUAUUGAAAAUAUGCGGUAAAAUGCUGAGUUGGGGACUUUUUCUAGGUUAUGCCACAUAUUACAGGGAAUUCUUUAGUGCUCCACUGUUUGAGUGGACAGUUAAGCCAUAAUAUAAUUUAGAUUUUAUGUGAUAUGUGGCAUUACUUAAAAAUAAAAAUCUUUCUUUCUUUUCUUUUUUUCUUCAUACGUAUUUGAGCAGCGUUAUGGGCGUUAAGCUCCAUAUCCAGCCGGUAAAUAAGGCUGAAUAAUGAUAAUUGUCUGUGACUUAGACACUUUUCUAUGCAUAAGUCGUUCAUCAGUGCCAGCUUAAGAUAACUUGAUAUUGUAUCCAAGGCCGUAAAAUAAAUUUUAAAAAAAAAAACUUGAUGCUCGAAGCAAUUAUUAAAUUAUUUCUUUGUAAGUCAC